AUGACACCAAAAACUGCUAUUCAUGUCGCUGGAGCUGACGGAGAACUUGGUGCUUCUAUCGUUAGAGGAUUAUUGGAAAUGCCAAACCUUUAUCCUCAUCUAUCAAAAAUUCCGGUUUACGCAGGAGUUCAUCAUGAAACAAUGCAAUCAUCAACUGUAUUAGAAGAAAGAGGAGCUUUGGUCGUUGAAGUUGACCCAGUAAAUCAACCUGAUUCUGUCGUACAUACUUUAAAACAAGCAGCAAAAUUAUUGUUAUUGGUCGAUCCAUUAUCUGGUGAAAUCACACGAAAGGAUGCUCUCGCUUUCGCAAGAGGAUAUAUAAAUGCGGCUAAGCAAGCAAAUAUUGGUCACAUCGUGUUCCUAACACCAUUUUCAAAACUCGAUAUACCGUACUCACCUCCAUUAACUCCCGUUGAUGAAGAUGAUGAAGAACGCUCAAAUAAUACGCAAUCUCUCUCUCCUUAUCGAGAUCAAUUUGAAACCAUUGAAUCAAUUUUACGAGAAUCAUUUUCAAAAUCACAGAUAACAAUCCUUCGUUAUCCCGGUGUAUUAAACCAACACUUACUUUUCUUUGCUAGACAUAUCAUGGAUAGUUCUAAAAUACCUUUAAUUGAAAAUCCGGACAUGAUAUUCGAAUGUUGUGAUUUGAGUGAUGUCGUACGUGCAUCAUGUCAUAUCUUGUUUUGUCCCGUACAGAGACAUGGUGGCAAAGAAUACAAGAUAACAGGUCCUAAUUUGUUAACAAAUGAUGAGAUAUCUAUUAAAGCCAGUCUAGGCCUUGGACGAGAAAUUAGUAGUGAUUUUAUGAACAUUCAACAAUUAAGAAAAGUAUUAAUGGAAGUGACACCGGAUAAGGAGGAAGUCGCUUAUUUAUUGGAAUUAUGGGGUUUACAAGGAUGUUUGGGGGCUGCUAGAAAGGUACAAGUUACAAGAGAUUUGGAAAUAAUCACUGGAAGUACUGGGAAAAGUUUAAGGGAAUUUUUUGAAAAUUCUCGUCCUGCUUUCAUUUCUCCACAAACGGGUUAG